AAACAGUGCAACUCAUCUCAACAUGGCGCAGACGCCUUGCGGCGGCAAGCCUGGAUGGAGUGAGAAGAGAACGCACUCCGCGCUCGUUGUUGUACAAGAACAAAAUGGAUGAACUCGCAGUCGAGGUAUGCGGCGAAAACGGCGCCUAUUACAAGGGAUAUGUUACAGACAUAUUUGAAGAUUCCGUGUCAGUUGCAUUUGAAAAUGAUUGGCAAUCUGAGUCAAAGUUUCCCUUCUCACAAGUUCGAGAGCCUCCUAAAGAUAACAAGGGUGUUGUUGAAGAGAAGCAGGAGGUGGAAGUAUUUUCAAGUGCCACAGAACAGGAAGUUUCAGGAUGGUGGAAAGCAAUAGUAAAAAUGACCAAAGGAGAUUUUAAUGUUGUAGAAUAUUUGGGAUGGGACAACACAUAUACAGAAAUCGUACCUCUGGACCGGGUUCGACCAAAGAAUACAAAUCCUCCUAUUGAUCGUAACACAUUUUUCAAAUUUGAGAUACAAGUACCUGAAGAUCUGAGAGAUGCUGCUAAUCUGGAGGGAGCCCACAAAGAAUUUCAGAAGGCUCUUGAAGCAGCAAUAGUUAGGUUUGUUCCUGAGACGGGUAAUUUGGUGGUACUGUCUCGUACUGAAGCAUCACAAAAGCGCUCCGUUCUGCUCCAAGAAAUGCAUUUUCGCAAUUUAAGUCAGAAAGUCUUAUUAUUGAAAAGAACUGAAGAAGCUGCAAGACAACUGGAAUCAACUAAACUUAACACUGUUGGAGGCAAAUUUAGAGCAUCAAACUUAAUGUAUCAACGUGUCUCAAACUGUGAGGCAGGAAUGAGAGGCAAUUUAAGGUUUUCGGAUGAGUUCUCAGUACGGGAUGAUUUGAUGGGAUUAGCAAUAGGUGCCCAUGGUACAAACAUCCAGCAGGCAAGGAAGGUUGAAGGCAUCACCAAUAUAGAAUUGGAAGAAAAGUCCUGUACUUUUAAAAUAUAUGGCGAGAGUGAUGAUGCUGUUAAGAAGGCGAGAAGCAUGUUAGAAUAUGGUGAAGAAUCAAUCCAAGUUCCUCGAAUUCUUGUUGGUAAAGUAAUUGGGAAAAAUGGACGGAUAAUUCAAGAAAUUGUUGAUAAAAGUGGAGUUGUUCGGGUGAAAAUUGAAGGGGAUAAUGAACCAGAGCCUACUAUUCCUCGCGAAGAAGGUCAAGUUCCAUUUGUAUUUGUUGGUACCAUGGAGAGUAUAGCAAAUGCUAAAGUACUCUUGGAGUAUCAUUUAGGCCAUUUAAAGGAGGUAGAAGCACUUCGACAAGAAAAGUUGGAGAUAGACCAACAGCUGCGAAGCAUGCAUGGUGCCAACAUGGGUUCAAUGCAAAACUUUCCACUUCAAAGGCGUAAUGAUCGGGGCUACAAUUCUGAUUUUGAAGGAUUGGGCAGAGGAGGAGGAAGAGGCGGACUAAUGCGCAGUAGAGGUGGUGGUCCUGGUGGUAGUGGAAUUGGCAGAGGGAGAGGUGGAAACAAUGGUGGCCCUCAUGGCAGAUACAAUUCAGGUUCAAGACACCAAACUCCUGAUACAGUUGAUGAGAGAGUUCGAGGUGGAGGCUACUCACGUGGAUCUUACAGUGGACCAGGUUCUAGGGGCCCUCCUCCAAGUGGGAAUGGUCCCCAGAAUUAUCCCCAUUCUGGAUCAUCAAGACGGGACUUUAGAAGUGAAAGAGGUGAUGGUGAUAAUGAGAGGAGUGGAAGAUCUGAUAGAGUGUAUUUUCCAGGUGGCCGUGGGCCUGAGAGGGAAGACCGUCGGCAAAACCGUAGACGCGACGAGAGACGACGAGUUACGGACGACGACGACACCGUAAUGGAUAGCCAGGAAGCUUCUAGUGUGGACAGAGAGUCUGUCUCAAGUAUGGACGGAUCUGGCCGACCGCGACGCAGGCGAAGAAAGGGAGGGUAUCACCCUCAGGGUGUGGGCCGGGAUGGCUCCAGUGGGGGCCGGGGCCCCAAUGGUGGCCUAAGUGGUGGUCCUAGUGGGGGUCAAAAUGGGUCCCAAAAAGAUGACCCUGGUCAUUCUAGCGGGGAUGGAAACCAAUCUAUACCCGCCCAUAUUGAAUCAGGUGCACCCUUAUCCUCAUCUGUGAGCAACGAAGUGUCCAAUACUGCAACAACCAGUGAUGUCUCAAAACCGAAACCACCACGGGAUCAGAAGAGCCGCGGACCGCGACCGCCUGCUUCCAAGAAAGGGGGAGGCAAUGGAAGUGGGGCACCAGUAGCAUCUGACAUUAAACCUAAAGAAACAUUGGUUAAUGGCACUUCAUCGGCUUGAUGUGUUGGUGUUUGUUAGGUUUCUUUCUGGGCCAUUUCAGCGCACUCUCUGCGACACAGCCACUAGUCAACAAGCAAACCUGAGGCACAAAUGUUAAGUCCUUCCAACCCAUUUUCCUUCAAAUUUAUGGUCAACAACAUCUGCUUGAUGUUUUUAAAUUAAAUUUGAAAGGAAGGUAGGUUUUUGCCCUAUAUAGUAAUGGUUUUUAGAAUUGGAAGUUUUUAGAGAUGAUGAUAAUAGUUUUACUAUGGUGAGCACUGCCUUAGCUGUGUCCAGUGUCAGUGUUGUCCAUCUAGACAGACUGAAUUGCUUAAUGUGCUGCGUCUUAAAGCCUAUUUUUCUUCCUUAUUCAGUUGCCCGUGAACAUUGUAAUAUGAAUGGAAGAAAAAUUUUAAAAAGCAAGGCUUGUUCUCCUGAUAGAUGCAGAUUAGCCUAAAUGUUAACUGGCAAUGUUUUAAUUUCUGGUUCCUUUUUAGUUAUGGACUACACCCAAUGUAGCGAGUGGGGGUCACUCCCACAACGUCACCUAAGCAAAGAAAUUACUUGAUUUUUGGUGUGUUGCUUUGGUGCUGUGUUGAUUGAUUAUGAAUCAAGCCCUUGCUCUUGUCUCGGAUUGAGUGCGCUGGGACUGUUCUGUUCCUUAUUUAUUACCGCAUUCUGGGGGCCCUCCCAGUUUUCAUGCAUUUGUUUUCCUUGUAUUCACAUCACUGGUAGAAUUUUUGUCUACUCAGGUGCCAAUAACACAUACAACUUGAUUCUCAUAGCCAGUUGUAAGCAGCCCAUGUUUUUCCAAAAGUUAAAUUAUUAGUGUUUUGUUUGUCUAGUUUGAGUAGGUUUGAUACGUACUACAGUUUUAAAUUCAAAACCCACUGUGGUGAUAUGGUCAUAAGUGAUGCUUUGCUCAUGUGCAUUUAAGAUGUCUCUUGUCUCAAUCACAUCUUAGCCACUCACUUCAGGGUUGUAUAUUGUUUCAGUGUGUUUCAUUAGUAGUAUUAGCCAAUGUGCUCUAUUUAAGUCAUUAACAUUUUUUGUAAGAUAUGAUUCAUCUGAUGUGAGUUGCUACCUGUGAUUCUGACAUAGAUUCCGUUUAACUUAACUGUUGCUUGUGCGUUUCAUCAAUAUUUCAGUUUCAACUUUAGUUGGUUUCAUUUCAUCAUCCACCCAGUCAGGAACUGUUUCCUCCCUAGCUUAACAUGCUAAUUUUGGAGAUCUUCUAGACUUUUAGCAAGUAUCUUUCAAGUUUGUAAACAUGGUAUUAAUAUGAUCUAGUAGUAACAAACCUGAAUGUGUAAGGUAAAGGCAAAGGAAAUGGUACAUCUUAUAGUUGUACACAACCAGGCCUGUCAGACUGACUCUUGUUUAGAAUGCUGUAUUUUAUAUCUCUGCAUUCUGUGUUUACUACAAUCGGUGGAGGAGUGUUAAAGAGCUAAAUUGUGACGAAUUAUCAGCCCUUAAAUGAGACUUAAUGGAAUCUUAACUAGACUUUUCACCUUUCAUUUUGUUUUGAAAAAGCAAUAUUGUAGUUGAGUUGUGCUUGUUAAAAAGAUUUGUACUGAUUGCUAUGUUUGCAUAAUUUAAGAAAUAAAAAAAACAUUUCUGUAUAUAA